GGUGUGUGUCGUCACCGGCGCUCGGUAUAUAAAAGGAGGUGACACCUAAAUGAUAAAAAAAAGGCACUCACUGCCCAUCACGGAGAGUUUCCCCGAACCUACAAGACGCCAAUUUUUCUUUUCCUGACGCCAUGUCCAAGCUUUUCUUCUGCUGCCUAAUCCUCGUCGGCUCUUUCUGCUCCUUUCGGUCGUUGCCGAUCAUCGUCCCCGGUAAGGGUUCCCUCCGCCUCUCAGAGUCGGCGAUGGAUUUUGGGGACUUGAAGAGCUGGGAUGACGACGCGCGUUUACUGCGGAAUCUGCCGAUGUUUCUAGACAAGGAAGUAGAGAGAGAUCCCGAGGAGAUUUUCAGCAAAGAGGGAUUCGGUCUGGACGCCUAUAACAUGGACGACAAAGAGGAGCUGUUUGACAAGCACCCCAGAAUAUCGCUGCUCAGCCGCCUGCAAUCAAAAGACCGCAAACAAUUCAAGAAGCGUGCGGGAAACCUGUCCGAAUGUUUCUGGAAAUACUGCGUCUAAAUGCGGAGUGUGUGAACACUUAGGGUGUAUUUCUAAAAAAAAAAAAAAUAUUCUCAGAGCUAUAUGUCUGUGUGAAUCAGGCAAAAAAUUGAAUACAUAAAAGUCGAUCAGGAAAAUAGUGCAUUACGGCCACUAGAUGGCGCCGCUGAUCAUAGUAAGUAGGUUUUCCUAUUAACGCCAGCUCCAUCUACUGACCAUGUCGUGGUAUUUUCCUGAUUCGCUCUUCUGUAUGAAGUUUCACAUAGCUCUGAGAAUAGUUUUUUUUAAAUAUAAAUACAUCCCAUAAUCUCUGCUUAUUUUUACAACUCUCCCCUACCCCCCUGUAUAUAGAAGAACGACUCCUACAGGGUAUCUGAGAACGCCUGAGAAUGUGAAGCCGGACUUGCCAAAGAAGUAGAUUAUUUUUCAUUCUGAGAUGAAGAAGUAUUUUAUGUUUUGCGGAUAUUUGUUAUAAUGUUUUUUUUUUUUUCUUUUCUUUAAAAGUAAUAGCUAUUUAAUAAAAACAGAAACAAUUG